AUGGCCAAAGAAGCCCUAGAGCUUGUUCGCGAGGCUUUAUUGGCGCUUGCUGGGGUUGGGGCGGCUGAGGAGCGGCGUGGCCACCAUAGGGGGUUGAAGGCAGUGCAGGAUGGGUUUGAAGAUGACCUUUGGGAUGACGCAGAGGUCUUUCAGGAGGUUGCAACGCCGGGUCGCCGGCUUGGGCCUAUACCUCGAUCCACAGAUCGGAGGUGCGACCUCUUGCGCUUUGAUGGGAAGUGGUUGGCCGCCAAAACGAAGGCGAGAGAGGCCUUGAAUGGGCUCCAGCAGCCGGUGCUUAUCGUCCCUUCCUCACAUGGUGAAUGGAGGAUGUUCUCUCAGCUCUUGGAGGAGCAUGGGGAGGAGGUGCACCGUGUGAACAAUGGGCGUGUGAAUGGUGCGGGGAAGGUGCACGGGCAGCUUCCGCUGAAGCAUUAUCUACAGCACAACAGCUCGGACUUCCACAUCUUCACUGUGAAUAGGCCAGACACGGGCAACAGCGGCAAUGGAUCGACUGGACUCAUUGACGAGGUUCGCUGGAGGGUGAAACAGAUGUGGCCCUGGACACAAUUAGCCACAGACCUCGCGGCGCGGUGGAUCUUCUCCUUGGGACUGAAGGCGUCUCAUGUCGACAGACACUCCCAUGAGGAAUCCUGGCUCCUGCUCUUGGAGGGCAGGAAGGCUUGGUGGAUUGGCGCUGAGCCGGGCAACAACCCAGAGUACAUCGCGUGGGAGGACCCUUGUGCUGCUCUGGGCCGUGCCACUCCUCCUGGCAUCCAGUUCUGUGUGCAGCAUCCUGGAGAAGUGCCUGUGGUAGUCUACGUCGGGACGCACCUGGAGCAUUCAACCUGUAACCUUGACCACCGGGUUUGGGGUGUGGGUGCUCAAGGAAGCAGAUCUGAGUGGCCUUUGCUCGUCCAAGCUGCACAAGAGGGGGAGCUUUCCGACGUCAUGUUGCACUCCGUCUGCGCAUCUGUUCUCACCGGCGAAGGCUCUCCAGGAGCUCUUGGAUGCCCGAGCAGAGCCGGUGCAGGCGACCACAGAGCGUGGGCAAAGUGCCCUGCACUUGGCUGCCUCCUUUGGGCGGGAGGCUGUGCUGGAGAAGUUGUUGGCCAAAGGAGCCAGGCUUGA